AUGUGGUCAGAAGUUGAGUACAGUAGCUGUGACCUAUUUGCAGCGUCGUACCUUCUGACUUUUCUGGGACCCGAUUCAACAGAGCCGCGAUGGCACGGCUACGCGUACGCAUGCCUAAUGUUCUCAGUGGCCGUAAUCCAAACCAUUGUUUUCCACCAGUACUUCCGAACUCAGACCCUCAUUGGCAUGGACAUUCGCACAAUCCUCAUUUCUGCCGUCUACCGAAAAAGCCUUCGUCUGAGCUCGGCGGCGCGUUGUGAAUCGACCACGGGCGAGAUCACGAACCUCAUGUCAAUUGACGCCCAGCGCUUCUGUGCUCUCAUGUUGAACAUCCACACUCUCUGGUCCGCACCCUUAGAGAUAACAGUUGCCAUCUACCUACUCUGGGGGGAGCUGGGACCGUCUGUUCUAGCCGGCAUCGCGAUUCUCCUCGUCAUGAUUCCUAUCAAUGUAUUUGUCGCAAGGAAGAGCAAGAUUCUGCAGGUGAGGAGCACCGUGUUGACAAUGUCUACUUGUACAAAGUUUGUCUCGGUUCUGGCGGGUAGAUAUGUCAGUUUUUCACAUUCCCGCAAUGUGUGA